UUCUGCUGCUCCUUAAGCUUCUCUUCUGUAAGUCCUAACAACAUGCCGCGUCUUAACAAAGCUAAAAGAGCCGCCCGCUCGCGUGCCGCCGCUCUGCGGGGCCGCGCUGCCCGCAAGCCCGCGCCCAGUACCCCCCGCCGGCGCCCGCUCCCCGGCCCGGCCUCGACUCCCCGCCGGCCUCCCCCUGGUGCGCUCCGCGUGCAGUCCUGUCUGGGCUGCAUAAAGAGUGCGCUCGCGGGGCGCUCCAGUGGGGAGUGCCAUGAUUCCGCCACUGGCGGUUCGCGCUGCUGGCGCUGUUCCUCUGGGCACAGCUGCCUGCCCCUGUAAGCCCUGUAGCAGUGUGUGGGGUGAUCUAGCUUUUGACCUAUUUGCAGUCCCCCUGUCGCCGUCGUGUAUGCGCGGCGCCUUGUUGCGGCGCUUGUCGCGGAGGACGAGCGGGUAAGCUUCUCUGCAGAGAUCGUGUGUUAUACCCUAGAUUAGACUAACAGGCUAUAGGCUGCGUCUUAG